ACAGUCGUUCACUCCAAGUUUAACACUGCUCUAAUCGAAAUACCUUCCAAAUUCUUCAGUGUAGCGAUGAAUCUCCUCAUUGGAUCAAACCCAUGGACAUAUUCUUCCAUUUCUAGGAUUCUGAGAGUUGUGGCCUACUCCACGAAGACUCUCCGCCGCCCCAACGCCGACCCUUCAAAGCCACCGGAUACUCUCCACACUCGCGUCUCCCUGUUCGGCGAUCCCAAAGCCUCCGUCGUCCCUGUGCUCAACCAAUGGCUCGAAGGGGGCAAACCCAUGGAGCAAUCCACUCUCCGAGUCAUAAUCCGACAUCUCCUCAAUUUCCUACGCUACAAGCACGCCCUCGAGGUAUGGGAGUAUAUGAGCGAAGAAAUGAAAUACAAUAUUUCAGUUGGAGAUAUGGCUGUAAGGCUGGAUUUAAUCUCAAAAGUGCACGGCGUUGAUCAAGCCGAGAAAUAUUUCAACAGUCUUCCAGACGCUAUGAGAACUCUCCAGGUACAUGGCGCCCUUUUAAAUUGCUAUGCAAAUGCAGCAAAUUUUGCAAAUCACGAAAUUUUAGAAAAAGCAGAGGACACCUUCAAAAUCAUGAGGGAAUCGGGGCUUCCGAUUUUCUCAGUGUCCUAUAAUGUGAUGUUAGAUCUCUACCGUAGAGGAUUUAAAUGUCGCAAGUUAAAUGCUCUUAUGCAAGAGAUGACAGAUAAGGGAAUGAAACCUGAUGCCGGCACGAACAUCAUUUGGCUGGAUGUUUAUGCUUCGUCGAACUAUAUCGAGGGGAUGGAGAAAUUCCUGGCCACGAUAGAGAAGGAUGCUAAAAUCUCCAUGGACUGGCAUGUUUAUGUUAUUGCAUCGAAUGUGUACUCGAAAGCCGAGUUAACCGAGAAGGCUUUACGAAUGUUGAGUAAAGCAGAGCAGUUAGUUUCUCAGUCAUCAAGGAAGCAUGCUUAUGAAGUGUUGCUCACGGUAUAUGCCGAUCUAGGGAGAAAAGAAGACGUAUAUCGUAUAUGGAACUUGUAUAGGAAUAUGUGGAAAUUCUUUAACUCGGGCUAUUUAUGUAUGAUAAGCUCAUUGGUGAAGUUGGAUGAUCUUGAUGGUGCCGAGAAGGUUCUGGUGGAGUGGGAGACCGUAUGCACAUUUUGCGAUGCUCGGAUUCCGAAUGCGUUGAUAAGUGCAUAUUGCAAAAAGGGUUAUGUUGAAAAGGCUGAAGCAUGUACAAAGAGACUGAUAGAAAGAGGUUUCAUCAAGGAGCAUGAUGCAUUUAUAUUGAAUAGUCUGGCAACUGGAUAUCAAAUGGAUGGGCAGAUGGCUAAGUCAGUCGAAACCUUGAAAGCUGCAAUCUCGUCGAGCAGCUCGCGGUGGAGACCUAACACUGGUACUUUGGCUGCUUGUCUCAAAUAUUUGGAACGCGAGAAUGACUUAGAAGUGGCUAAAGAGCUGUUGGAGUUGUUUAAUUCCAAAGGCCAUUUGUCGAAUGAUGUUUAUGAUAGAUUAGUAAGGAGUAUUGCAGACGGAAACGUGGACGUCGGUUGCCUUGAUCGGAUAGGCCUGAACUCGGAAACUUCUGAGGUUGAAAGUACUACCUGA